ACAGAGGUCGCUUUACCCACAGAGAUUUAACUUUUUUAUUUUAUCUUUAGAUUAAUGAACAAUUGACUUUUGUAAAACGUGCAAUUAAACUGCAGGGGGGUUUUUUACCACUGGAAAAAAAACAGACCUUACACAUUUUAUUUAUCUUUCAUUGGAUAAUUUUUCAACCCUGAUGAUCAGAGGAGUCUUUAAGUGAUCCCUUCAAAACGACCAAAAAAUCAUCACAGCUGAGUCUGGACAGGACGUCACGUCCAAAUUAAAACCCCAUCAGUGUUGAAAAAUGGAGCAGAGCUGACCUGGGAGAUGAAAAUGUGCUUCUGUACAGAGACCAGCAAUUUGCAGAAAACCAGCAUCCAUCUUUUAAGAACCGGGUGGAUCUGCAGGACAGACAGAUGAAGGAUGGAGACGUGUCUUUGAUUCUGAAGAAUGUGACGAUUAAUGAUACUGGAACAUACGAGUGUUGACUCAUCCAGACAGGAACAAGUGGUCAGACGCUCAUCAGCAUCAUCUACCUUCAUGUCGUUCCUCCAGACCAGAAAAACAUCACAGCUGAGUCUGGACAGGACGUCACUCUGACAUGUCGAGCUCCAAAUAAUAAUCCCAUCAGUGUUUUAAAAUGGAGCAGAGCUGACCGAGUGGGAGAUGAAUAUGUCCUUUUAUACAAGGAUGAGCGAUUUGAAACAGAUGGCCAGCAUCCAUCUUUUAAGAACCGGGUGGAUCUGCAGGACAAACAGAUGAAGGAUGGAGACGUGUCUUUGAUUCUGAAGAAUGUGACGAUUAAUGACACUGGAACAUAUGAGUGUGUUGUCAUUCCCGAAGGUGGAGGCAGUUCGAAGCCUGUCAGCAUCAUCUACCUUCAUGUUGAUCCUCCAGACCAGAAAAACAUCACAGCUGAGUCUGGAGAGAAGAUAGUCACUCUGCCAUGUUUAACUCCAAACAACAACAACAUCGUUGUAAAGUGGAACAGAACUGACCUGGGAGAUGAAUAUGUGCUUUAUUAUCGGGAUGAGCAGUUUGAUUCAGACAACCAGCAUCCAUCUUUUAAAAACCGGGUGGAUCUGCAGGACAAACAGUUGAAGGAUGGAGACGUGUCUCUGAUUCUGAAGAAUGUGACAAUUAAUGACACUGGAAUAUACAAGUGUCAUGUCGUCCAGGGAGUCAGACAACCGUUGAAGCUCAUCAGCAUCAUCUACCUUCAUGUUGUUCCUCCAGGUCAGCCAGGAGGAGACACAGAGGAUGGAGAGAAGGAGGGUGGGUCUGUUAGACUGAAAGUUGGUCUGAGUGUUUCUGCUGUUCUUCUUGUUGCUGCUGUUGUUGGAUUUUUUAUCUACAGAAAACAUGAAAAAAACAAAGAGUUAAGAGCCGUACCAGAUUCCUGCUGAAUUCCAGCCUGUUUGAAAUGUGAGUUUCUUACAGCUGAACUCCUGGAGUCUGAGUCUCCUGAUGAGCCAGACUUCCUGUAGUAUUGUUAAACAUUCAGAGGACAACAUGAGGACAGACAUCAGUCAGCUCUCAGUGAUGAAGUUACUGAUUUUGUUUGUUUGUUUGCUUUGUGUGCUUCAGUAUUAGUCAUUAGUUUGUUUUAGCUUCCAGGUUAGUCGCUCAUCUCAGUGGAAGAGUUUAUAUUCUUAAACAGUGUUAUUUACACUUUUGCCUUAUUUAUAUGUGGAACAUUCAGGACUUAAUCAUUCAAACAAAGAAAAGUUGCAAAUCUGAAAAUAAGAUCAGUGAUAUUCAACAACAAAAAAACAUUUGGUUUCAUUUCACAAACAUCUUCUCUGUCACUGAUGUCAACAGAAUAAGUUUGUUCACAGUGAUGAGUUCAGCGUUGUCUCUGUCACAAUAUCAGAAUCAGUGAGUUUGUUUCAUCUUCAGGUUCAGCUGUUUGUAAGGUCAGACUCACAGACUGAUCCUCAUGUUUAGAUGUUACACAAUAAUUACAGACACUGACUGACAACACAAACACAACACAAAGUGCUCAGGGUCCAUUUAUCAGCUAGAACUGAGUGACUGAAUAAUCUGAUAUUAUUAUGAAACCAAAGAGAAAUGUGUUACAUGGAGCUGCAGAGUCACAUGUUUCCUCCUCUGAUCUAUGAAGCCUUAACUUGUUCCUCCAUGAAGGAAACUCUUCAGUUUAAACACGUCAAGAUUAUUUAUUAUUUACUUUUUAUAUGAGUUUGUUUAUCAAUAGUUUUACACGUGUUACUAUUCAGUGUUUGUUUUUGUUUCCUGUGGCUGUUAAAGUUUCAGGCCUCCUGUUUAAAUAUGUUCAGAUUUGAUCACCUUGAAUGUAACAAUGUGAACAUUUAUACAUUUAACCUGACAUUAUUUCAACCUGUGAUCUGUGUAAGCUCAGUAUCGCCUCCUCUCAGAGGUAGGAGAUAAAUGACAGAGUUGAAUAACUGGCAGUUUAUGAGAUAUGAGUAUGAGGUGUGUUAUUGAGCUGUACACAGUUUUUGUGUAUUAACAUCUUUGUGCCUGCUAUAUGAAACAAGCCUGUUAAAUUACUGCCUUGUUAAUGAGAAGAGCUACAAGUUGAUUUGUUCUUUUGAAUUUUGAAGUGACAUUCAUAUAGCUACUUCUGUGCUACUAAAGCCUGUUUUUGUGUAAUGUGUGUGCCUCACCGGAGCAUAUUCUGUUCAUAUCCACAUAAUAAACCUAAUCUGUGAAA